GCAUGAUGGAGUCGGAUCCGUACGUUUGGAACCGUGUAUGUUCGUAUUGUACCACACCUUAUACAGCGUUACAGUUUUAGGGGAGGUAUGCCUAAAGCCAAAGACGUUACCAGUUCCGCAAAGAGCACAGAGGAUAUUUGGAGAGCAAUUGUCGUGGUGGUAGGGACGAUUCUUCCGCGAGCGAUGAAGGUGACCGUGAACGCGACACGGUGACAUUCUUCCUUGGCGGUUGUCCGUCCACCUCUAACCUGCAGAUGAGCGCCCUCAACACUCUUAACACCGGCAUCAUCGCACCGAGUACGGCCGCUUCGUACAAUUCGUCGGCGACCGGUGGUACACUGAGCGGUUACGGCCCAGCCAACACCAACAGCAACAGCUUUACCAACACCACCACCAGUAGUAGUGGCGGCUAUCCGAGCCUUUCGAACUACUCCGUCCCAGCGCCACCGUCCGGCGUACAUCCAACUUUGCCGUUCUCGUCUUCCACCGGAGUUGCCUUCCCAUCCAUCUCACAUGAGCACUCUGUCGGUGACAGUGCACAAAGUUUGUUUGGGGAAGAAUACCAAGUGUCGUCGUCAUCGCCUGCAACAAUUGACCGUAGUGUGCUACCACGGGGGAAGAAGGCUCCAGCCAAACUGCCCCAGGUGGUACCGAGUGCGGUCGGUAAAGCACCGAUGCCUCCACCCCGCAAGACACUAUCCUCGCAGAGCCUCUUUCAAAUGGCCCGAGCUGACAGCACGGACCUGGUCACCCUGGAAUCCCCAACGGUACCUGCUCCACCGUCAGCUUCAACUGUCUCGACGCCAGCAUCGUUUGCUCCGGUCGGUGCCACCGCAGGACUCGUCGGCUUCAACCAGCAGCAACUACCCCAGCAUCAGCAGUAUAUACAGCACCAGCAACAGCUCCAGCAGCGGUUCAUCGACGGUAAAGUUUCACAGCAGCCGCAACAGCAUCAACAGCACGGGAAGGAUGUACUCCAGGAUGCUCGGCGAAUCGGAGGCGGCGAUCAAAAGUCUACGACGGUGGCCUUCGGAGACGCAGUCGCUCCCGUUACAAGCACAGCCCUGCACCAGCCCGACGAUGCCGGCUCGACGGACUCGUCCAUCUUCGACGAGGACGUUAAGAAGCGCCCCCGGAAGCUGUUUUCUUUCGGGAAGCGCUUUGCAAAGUCGAAGAAACAGCAAUAACGUUAGUAGUAGAAGCAGCAGUAGCAGUAGUAUCAGCAGCAAACAUAGCGACACGGGUACGAUAACUGGGGGGAUACAUCACAAGCUACAACUAGACACGUCGUCCGGUCAACGACGACGGCGACAGCGUCCACGUUGGUCACCGCGACUCGGCAAGCCGGUCGGAGAAGGUGACGACAGCAGUGUACGAUCGGUGCCUGUCGAUGGACACCAUUUGAUAUAGUACUUCCGUUACUUAGGUUGUAAGGGAUUUAUAGGUUAAGCUUUACUUGUAGAUCUCCUGCGCUCUGGGAACAUGUUGAAAUGAGCUGCGCACACAGACAAACGACGAUGGCUCAACAACAACAAACAUUAAGUAAAAAACAACCGCAGCAUCUUGCAGAGAGACUUUGUACCAUUAUUUAUUGAUAGUUCUUAUAGAAGGUGGAACAAUAGAACAGGAUGUUUCGUUAUUUUUGUCUUCCAGAAGCGGAUAGCUAUGAAAAAAGUAUCAUUUUGUCCUAAUUGAUUUUUUAAACUAGUACAAAUAGGCUUGUUUAUGAUAGUUGUAAAGAAAGGAAAAAAAAUAGUUAGGUUUCUUUCGAGUUUUUAAUUUUCCUUGAAGUGCCUAUCCGUUUGAUCGCCUUUUUGCAUGAGCCAUUAUUUAUCUGCGUGCGAGGCACGUCUCACAAGAUGGUUGUUAACAAUUAAAAUUAAUUAAGAUGGACGCUAGGAAAGCUAGAACGGGAAUUUAACACACUUAAUCGAAUGCGAAUAUUGACAUACGUCGAUCGUACAAGGUUACACAUGCACAGGAAGUAGAUAAAUAGCAAAUUACACACAUCUACACACUUAAACCGACAUCCGAAAAGUCUGACAAAAUUCUAAGCGAUAUGAGUGAACCACGAAGGUAAAUAAAACUGUAAAAUAACCCUUCCAAACUCGAAAGAGAUGUAGUUAACUGGUGAAAGAGAAGUUUAAAGAAAGUGUAAAAACUAUUUGGAAAAGGCCUUUUUCAAACAGUAUAAUAAAGUAGGAAACAACAAAUUUAUAUCAAAACAAUUAUGAAUGCAGAAACAUUAGCAAGAGAACGAAGUCGAAGAAAACAUAGUGCGGGAUAAAAAAAAGGAGGCGCGUGGUAUGGUGAAAUAUUGCACAACUAAGCAAGGACAUUACAGCAAUAUAUGCAUCGAAAUCGUGAAGUGCUGUAACUGUGGUUGUAUUUGCAAUGUAUUUGUAAUGCUGUGUAUCUUUUUUCAGUUGCUCUUCACGUCUGUUGUUAGUUAUUUCUUAUUAUCCGUUAUUUAUUAGUCAACUCCAUUACAUUUGAAACAAUUCUUGGUAAUUUUCAAUUUAAGUGAGGCAGAACAAAUCUUAAAAAGCAAUCUUGAAGUUAAAGUUCACCUAACUUAAUUUUUUUUUUCAUCGGGAUGCUUUUUCUGAGUAAUCUAGAAAUCUAUAUUAAAAGAGGAGCAUUUUGCAUAAGUGAAGAAUUUGUAAAGAACAAUGAAAAAGAGAUAGAGGUGGCCUAUGUUCGGUAGAUAGAUAAGGUAUUCGCCAUUCGCAAAAGUGUGUAUUUUUAUUGAAACGAGGGCUAGAAACUUAUACCGACUCUGAUGGAAAAAAUGCUGAUAUUUACAAUAUCAUUAAGCAUUAAGCAACUGUAAAGGCGUCGGACGUAUAGUGAACCACACACAAGAUAUUAACAUACGCACAGAAUGCUACAGAAUGGCAGCGCUACCGUUACAUUAGCGGCCAGGAAACGUUUAAGAGGGAAACAUUCCGGCAGCAUCGAUAAAGAAGGUUCGGUGUUUAAUUUUGUUUGGUCUAUACUAUUUGGUGAAUACGCUACAAGAUACCAAACACGUAUAAGGCAACGAGUGUUAAAUAAGAACAUGCUUUAUUUUAAAAAAA